AAGACAAUGGAAGACAUGAAUCCCCUUGUUUAUGUGGAUGUCUCGAUAUGCAGCGACAGCCAUCAAAGGAUGAUUUUUGAGCUAUACUAUGACAUUGCGCCCUUUGCUGCAGAAAAUUUCCGUGCGCUAUGUACAGGAGAAAAGGGAGUCAGCUCAAAAACUGGAGACUCUCUGUGGUACAAGCGUGCUUUCUUUCAUGACGUUAAUCAAGAAAAUUAUGUGAAGGGAGGUGCUUAUUGCUUUCAAUAUGCGACAGGCGGAGAAAGCAUAUAUGGUUCAAAAUUUCCAGAUGAGCCGAAAACAGACAAUCAGCUUGGGCAUCAUGAAAGAGGUCUUUUAUCCAUCGAGACCAAUGAUCGCAAAGAUGGACGUUCUCAUUUUGUCAUCACCUUGAAACCUGAUGAUAACCUUGACAGGACUCAUGUGGUCUUUGGGAAGCUUAUCCAAGGGCUUGAAACACUUGCGAAGAUUGAAAGAUAUGGUCCCUUCAUGCCUAUUCAAAUAGUAGAUUGUGGUGAAUAUAAUGGAAAUGACUCCGAUGCUGAGGACGACACAGGAUGCUCCUCGUUUGGAAGACUCAAUGAAGGGCAAUUAAUAGGGGAUGAAGACGAAGACAGAAGGUUCAAAUCACAUCCAUAAUUCUCGUUAAAAGAGGAAAUCUGUACAACUUUGCAUAUCUUUUGGUGCUAAAUUCAUGGCUACCCAUUGCAUCUUGGACAAAAACUCAAAGUUG